UCAUUCCGAGAUGGAUGAUGUUUCUUCGUGAUUCUAAAGAACGUGAAUAUGUACAAUCAGAAGACGAUGUGAUCCAGUUCAAGGAUGUUGAACUUAAGGGGCGCUUCAGUCCCCAUUUUGAACAAAUGAAAAAAAGCAAAUCUUUACCGCUGCUUGUGUUCGCUGGCACCCUUCACCCAGUAGAUUGUUCAAAUGAAGAAGAAUUUCGAAGAGUCAAGUUUUGUGCCAAAUUUGCCUUAUUUCACUAUACUGCAGAAGAGGAAUCAAAGCCUACCCUCCAAUUCAAGGAAAUUGUGGAUGCUAUUAAGAGUGCAACAUCACCUAGUCAAACAUACUAUAUUACUUUCAAAGCCGAAGACACUAUGUCAAGCAACAAAGAGGUUACUUUUUAUGCUCAAGUGUUUGAUCACAUGUCAAAACAUUACUUGAAGCUGGGAUUUUGCAGGGAUGCAUCUGGGAAUAGAGUUAUUCCGCCAGAUUGGGAGUAACCAGAACAUGUAUGUUGGGUGUUACAUGUAGUAAAGAACUUGAUGUUGGCUAGUGGUUGAAUGCUUAGUAGAGUUUUUAUUCCAGGAGGUAACAUGUAAUGAAGAACUUGGCAUGGCUUGUGUAACGACUGUGAUGAAUGCUUAGUAGAGUUUUUAUUCCAGGAGGUAACAUGUAGUGAGGAACUUGGCAUGGCUUGUGUAACCAUCGUGAUAAAUGCCUAGUAGGGUUUUGACCCUAUGUUUCGUAUUUUUAAUACCCGAGUACGUAAUACGUAGUAUAUUUUUAACCAUGUCAAAUUCAAAUGAACCUAUUUGUUGUGAUUUUGGCAAUUAUUAUGCAGUUCUGUUUAGGGAGUGUUUGCGUA